AUGUCCGACAACCAGAUCCAGCCCGCUGAGGCUGCUCCCGCCGACGCCGCUGCCCCCGCCGCUGCCCCCGCCACCGAGGCCGCUCCCACCGUUGAGCAGACUGCCAGCGCGUCCGUUGAGAAGCCCGCUGAGGCUGUCGCCGACGCUGCCACUGAGGCUACCACCGAGGCUGCCACUGAGUCUGCCACCGAGGCUGUCACCGAGGCCAAUAAUGAUGUCAAGGAGACGUCCGAGUCCAAGAAGGAUGAGUCUACCGAGGGUGCCAAGGACGACACGACGAACCACAGAAACCCUCGCGCCAAGCAGCAAAAUUUCCAGAAGAAGCCGGCCUACGCCGGCGAGGAGUCUAGUGAUCCCGAGGAGAUCAGGAAGCAGGUUGAAUUCUACUUCUCCGACUCUAACUUGCCUGUGGAUAAGUACCUCAUGGACAACGUCGCCGGCUAUGAAAACAAGCCCGUUCCCCUCAAGCUUGUCCACGGCUUCACCCGCAUGCGCCGCUUCCAACCCUACUCGGCCGUCGUCGAAGCCAUCAAGGCCAGCGACUUCCUCGAGCUCACCGAGGGCGAGGAGGUGCGCCGUAAAAUCCCCCUCGAUAAGCAGUUUGGCAACCACUACGUCGAUAAGAAUUUACGCUUCAUCGAGGACAAGACCCAGCCGCGCAGCAUUUACGCCAAGGGUUUCCCUGAGGAGGACGAGAUGACCCAGUUCAACAUUGAAAAGUUCUUCCUGACCUACGGCCCCUUCAAGUCGAUUCGCCUUCGCCGCACUCACCCCGAUCGGAAGUUCAAGGGCAGCGUUUUCGUCGAGUUCGAGGACGAGGAGACCCAGAAGAACUUCCUUGCCCUCGACCCGAAGCCCAAGUAUGAGGACAAGGAGCUGGUGUUCAUGAGCAAGAAGGAGUACGUCGAUAUGAAGGCCAAGGACAUCGCCGAGGGCAAGAUCAAGGCUCAGCCCCCCCGGCCCCCGCACUAUUCGACUAACGGUCCUACCCGCGGCCGCGGCCGUGGCGGCUUCCGUGGUCGCCGCGACGACAGGAAUGAGAAGGGCUCGGAUGGCAACUGGAAGGAGGGCCGCGACAAGUUCCAGAAGGGUCGUGGCCGCGGUGGCCGUGGUGGUCGCGGAGGUCGCGGUGACAAGCGCGGCGGUGACCGUAACCGCGACCGUGAAUCAAAGGGGGACAAUGAGGAGAAGGCCGCCCCUAAGCAGAAGGUGGACGCCAGGGGUAUUCCCAUUGUUGAGGCGACCGAGCAGCCCAAUAAGAAGCGUCCCGCCGAGGAUGACGCUGCCGGCAACGGUGCGAAGAAGGCCAAGCCUGAGGAGGUCACCGCUUGA